GUAUAUAUAUAUCUCGCCACAUCCACUGACUCACGGAUCAACUCCUUACAAUCAAAGUCCACCAAGACAGCCCAAAUCUGCAGGGUACACACAAAAGUAGCUCAGCAACAUUGUUUCCUUGCAUAAGAUGAAACGUAAGCUUACUGAGGAAAAAAUGGCUGGAAAAGGAGAAGGGAAGGCAAUCGGGAUCGAUCUCGGAACAACCUAUUCAUGCGUGGGGGUUUGGGAGCACGAUCAUGUUGAGAUUAUUGCAAAUGAUCAAGGAAACAGAACGACGCCAUCUUAUGUUGCAUUCACCAAUACACAUCGUCUAAUCGGCGAUGCCGCGAAAAAUCAAGUCGCUGCGAACCCUACAAACACUGUUUUCGAUGCUAAGCGUCUAAUUGGAAGAACAUACAGUGACGCUUUUGUUCAGAGCGACAUGAAGCUAUGGCCAUUCAUGGUCACACCCGGUCCAGACGACAAACCCAUGAUUGGAGUAACAUACAAGUCCACAGAGAAACAAUUCUCUGCCGAAGAAAUCUCCUCAAUGGUCCUCGUAAAAAUAAAAGAAAUUGCAGAGGAUUACCUCGGCACCACUGUAAAAAAUGCUGUUGUCACUGUCCCCACCUACUUCAACGAUUCUCAGAGACAAGCCACCAAAGAUGCCGGAGUCAUCGCCGGUCUUCAUGUCAUGCGGAUAAUCAACGAGCCAACUGCGGCCGCCUUAGCUUAUGGUCUCGGCAACAAAGCCAGUAGCACCGGUAAGAUAAACGUGCUCAUAUUUGAUCUCGGGGGUGGAACAUUCGACGUCUCUCUACUAACCAUCGAAGAGGGUAAAAUCGAGGUUAAAGCUACGGGUGGGAAUACUCAUUUAGGGGGUGAGGACUUUGAUAAUAGAAUGGUGAUCCAUUUGGUUCAGGAAUUCAAGAGGAAGCACAAGAAGGAUAUUAGUGGGAAUCCAAGAGCUUUAAGGAGGUUGAGGACUUCUUGUGAAAGGGCUAAGAGGACUCUUUCGUCGACACCUGAAACUAUGAUAGAGAUCGAUGCGUUAUAUGAGGGGAUUGAUUUUUGCACGACUGUUACUCGGCCCAGGUUCGAGGAGCUGAAUAUUGAUUUGUUCAGGAAGUGUAUGGAGCCAGUGGAGGAGUGUUUGAGGGAUGCAAAAAUGGACAAGAGCAAUGUCGACGACAUUGUUCUUGUUGGUGGGUCCACUAGGAUUCCCAAGGUCAGGCAACUGUUGCAGGAUUUCUUUUAUGGGAAGGAGCUUUGCAAAAACAUUAACGCUGAUGAGGCUGUGGCUUAUGGUGCUGCGGUUCAGGCCGCAAUUUUGAGUGGUGAGUGGAAUGAGAAGGUUCGGGAUUUAGUGCUGCUCUUGGAUGUCACUCCGCUUUCCCUCGGUUAUGAAGCUUAUACUGGGGUUAUGAGUGUUAUGAUUCCAAAAAACACCACAAUUCCGACAAAGAAAGAGCGGGAGGUAACUACUUUUGAAGAUAACCAAACCGCUGCUUUGUUUAAUGUCUAUGAGGGAGAAAGAACUCAAGCCGGAGACAACAACAUCUUGGGCAAAUUCACGUUGUCUGGAAUUCCUCCAGCUCCUAGGGGUGUCCAAAAAAUUGGUGUCUGUUUUGACAUUGAUGCGAAUGGUAUUCUGAAUGUAUCUGCAGUGGAUAAAGGUACCGGACAAAAGAACAAGAUCACGAUCACAAAUUACAAGGGUAGGUUGUCGAAGGAGGAGAUUGAGAAAAUGGUGCAGGAGGCCGAGAAGUACAAAUUUGAAGAUGAGGAGCACAAGAAGAAAGUGGGGGCAAAGAUUGCGUUGGAGAAUUACGCUUAUAACAUGAAGAACACCAUUAUGGAUGAGAAGAAGGGCGCCAAAAUUCCUUCGGCUGACAAGAAGACGAUUGAAGCUGCGUUAGAUCGGGUGAUUCAGUGGUUGGAUGGGAACCAGCUCGCGGAGAAGAAGGAGUUCGAGUAUAAGUUGAAGGAGUUGGAAGGGAUUUGCAACCCUAUAAUUGCUAGGAUGUACUAGGGUGCUGGAGGUGGCCCUAUGGGUGGAGGAGUGGAUGAGGAUGGUCCUUGUCUUGGUGGUGGUACUGGUGGAAGCAGAGCUGGACCUAAGAUUAGGUUAAUUAAGAUGCUACAAUCUUCAGUUUGAGGAUUUCAGUCAUUUAUCUGUGUCGUGUGCAAACUGUAUGCAUGUGGUAUGUUUUGGGUAUUUCCUCGUAUUCUUUUCUGUUUUUGAUUUUUGGUUUUGCUUCAUGCAAAAUUAUUUUUGCUUCUUUGCUGUGUCAUUGCCUACAACUAGAUGGUGAAAGUGUUAUGUGAGAAAGUUAUCUUCAUUUGUUUUU